CUCUGCUCUCUGGAGCUGCUUUCACUCUCACACUUUCUCCUGCUGUCUGCUCCGAGGAACUGCUGCCUCUGACCCUGCGUGGAUUCACGUCCAAGUCGUCCGUGGAAACAAGAUGAAAGUCGAUUUUUACUUCGUUUUACCCACGUUUUAUUUACUCCUCUGCCUUCUUCCAGGAAGCUUCGCUUCAGAUGGAGAGCACAAGCUCUUCUCUGUGAUAUUCUCCAGAUACAACCAGUACAUACGGCCAGUGGAAAAUGUGUCUGAUCCCGUUAUUGUGCAGUUUGAGGUGUCCAUGUCCCAGCUGGUCAAAGUGGAUGAAAUCAAUCAGAUCAUGGAGACAAAUCUGUGGCUGAGGCAUAUAUGGAAUGACUACAAACUAAGAUGGAAUCCAAAAGAUUAUGCAGGCGUCGAGUUUAUCCGAGUCCCGUCCAAUAGGAUUUGGAAGCCAGACAUUGUGCUAUACAACAAUGCAGUGGGAGAUUUCCAGGUGGAUGAUAAAACAAAGGCCCUGCUUCGUUACAAUGGUGAUGUCACCUGGAUCCCUCCGGCCAUAUUCAAGAGCUCCUGCAAGAUCGACGUCACUUACUUCCCCUUUGACUAUCAGAACUGCACCAUGAAGUUCGGCUCCUGGACCUACGACAAGGCCAAGAUCGAUCUGGUGCUCAUUGGCUCCACAAUCAACCUCAAAGACUUCUGGGAGAGCGGCGAGUGGAAUAUCAUCGAUGCCCCAGGUUACAAACACGACAUUAAGUACAACUGCUGUGAGGAAAUCUACACAGACAUCACCUACUCCUUGUACAUCCGCCGCCUGCCACUUUUUUACACCAUAAACAUGAUCAUCCCCUGCCUCCUCAUCUCCUUCCUCACCGUGCUUGUCUUCUAUCUUCCGUCUGACUGCGGUGAGAAAGUCACUCUCUGUAUUUCUGUCCUUCUGUCUUUAACUGUCUUCCUUCUUGUUAUAACUGAAACUAUCCCCUCCACCUCCCUUGUCAUCCCCCUGAUCGGCGAGUAUCUCCUCUUCACCAUGAUCUUUGUCACCCUCUCUAUUGUUAUCACUGUUUUUGUUUUGAAUGUACACUACCGCACGCCAAAGACACACACAAUGCCCUGCUGGGUGAGGACAGUCUUCCUAGGACUCCUGCCUAAAGUAAUGUUUAUGAUCAGACCAGAGCGGGAACCUGAGAAUGUGACAGUGGCCAGCAGUGCUCAGAUGAUCCAUUCAAGGCCCUGUGCCAUUCAUUCCUCAAGUACCUUACAGAAGCAGCACAAACCUCAGGCCCUGGCCUCCAGCGUGGUGUCCACCCUGACAAACCGUCAUCGGCUUUUCAACAAUACUGAGCUCUCCAACUUCAAUAACUUAAGUGGAGACCCAGGCGAUAGUGCAGGAUCCGCAUUCAUUUGCCGGGAGGGCCACUGCAAAUGCUGCUGGCACCAGAGAUCCAGCAAACUGCCCGCAGACUCAGGGGGAGGGACUGGAGGGCUGGGCAGCCUGGGGGCGCUGACAGGAGGGGGAAGUGCUGUCGGGGUUGGAGGAGGGAGUCAGUGCUCCAGCUCUGAGUCUCUGGAUGUAGGAUUAAUGUCCUUGUUGCCGCUCUCUCCUGAGGUCAGGGAGGCUAUUGAGAGUGUCAAAUACAUCGCAGAGAAUAUGAGACUGCAGAAUGAAGCAAAGGAGGUGCAGGAUGACUGGAAGUACGUGGCCAUGGUUAUCGACAGGAUCUUCCUCUGGGUUUUUGUGCUCGUGUGCAUCUUGGGGACAGCUGGCCUCUUCCUCCAGCCUCUCUUACUUUUAGAAGAUAUUUGAGUAACAAAACAAAUACUCCAGACUGUUGAACUAGAGGACAUUGUUUUCAUGUAAGACUCUCAACCUGGCUCUGAGAGAGAAAACAAAGAGUGAACCCAAAGCAAAGAAGGAAAGUGACUGUGCCAAAUGUUGACUCGAAUGUUUUCUGUUUGUUUUUCUGCACAAAGUGAUGAUGAUUUUUGUUUCUUGAAGUGGUUCGAGGGCUCUGCAAUGCUGAGAACAUGGCUGAAAGACAAUGGCAUAGACCAAAGUGGGUGGGGAUCUAUUGUGUACAAUAUAGUCACAAACUGGCAACGUAAUCUUCGAUGCUACAGAAAAGAAACAGGAAAUAAAUUCAAUAAACUUAAAAGUACCUCUUA